AUGGGUUUUGCAGAAGACAAAGUGUACGACUACAUUUUGAAAAAUCUCAAGAAUUUCAAGAACAUCCGUGUGGCGUCACUGGCCGAUUCCCUGAGCUGCCUGACCGACGCUGACAGAGAUGAACUUUAUGCCCGGGAGGAAACGCGGGGGAGCCAGGCUACCGUCUAUAGGUUUUACCAGCACCUGAAGUGCCGGCAGGGCUGGGUGUGGGAUCUCAUCGAUGCGCUGCGCCAGAACAACGCGGGGCACCUGGCUGAUGAGCUGCAGCAUGUGUACGAGUCCUGCCAAGCCCACCUGCCCGCCGGUGGAUGUCCACCUCUCCUGCCCAGUGCUGCCACUGCCACGAGCAUGGACCUGGACGCCAGGGUCCCGGUGCAGGAAUCGCUCCCCAAAAACCUGGAGCAAGAGAGUCCCCAGCUGCCUCCGCCUGGGAGCACGGUCCAUGAUGGAGUGAGCAAUGGGCACGGCAGAGAGGGGCAUCUCCCACACCCUGUCGAGACUGUGCAGGCAGCAGCGGGGACCCCCGGGACAGAUUUGGCUGCACCCCCCAAGUGGGGCCAGGACUGGCUGAGCCGCCAGCAGCACCCGGUGUGUGUGGACAACGGGUGUGUCGGGAAUGCCAACCACCUGCACCGCGGCAUGCCAGGCUUGGGGCUGGGCAGGUCUCUUCCGCCGAGGGAUGCGGUUGCUGCUCGCAGCCCUGAGCAGCCCAGGAAUGAGCCUGAAGAGGACUUCUACCUCUCCACUGAGUUGCCCUCAAGGCCAGAGGAGACUGCUCGCAGCGGGGGGCCACAGCCCCCAGACUCGCUGCCAAAAAACCAGCCUGUGCCCGGCUCCGAGCACAACGAGGCACCGGGCAGCUUCGUGGAUGUGCGCAGCCCCCUCCUCAUACAGCAGCAGUUCGAUGCGGAGCAGAAGCGAGUCGAGAUGCUGCAAGAGCCUGGAGGAGAUGGAGACAGUUGGAUGGAAACAACUACCCUGGUCGCUACCCUUGUGCCCAGAGACGCUUCCCCAUCCUGCGACACCUCCGUGAAGUCUGUACAAGAGAAAAAACUGCCCGUGGCGGAAACGGCCAGCAGCACCCCCUCUGUGCCAACGAGGGAGAAGGUGCUCCCGGCCUCGGCAGAUCCUCUUCCGACUGUUGCAGGAAGCUUUGAAGGCAUGUCUGGGAGAGCGGCAUCCCGAGUGAGCUCUGCCACAAGCAUCUGGGCAUCUUCCAGCAACACGGAGAGGGAUGUGGAGCUCAGCAAGCCGGGUGUCCUCCUCUCCAUGGCUGGGGAGAGCCCAGAGGUGGCUGGCAAACGCCCGAGCUCUCGGGGGCCCGGGGGCCCCUAUUCUGAGGCGUCCAAUAGCCUCAGGUUCACUCCAGCGGCUUGGGAAGACCCCGGGAAAGAGGAGGCAGCUGGAGCAAGCAGAGACUCCUGUCCGCCUCCGAGCUGGGGGAGCUCCUCCCUGGGCACCCAUGAGGUCCGUGUGGAUCACUACCCCAGCACCCAGCUCAGGGCAGGCAACGACCUCCAAGACAGAGCCGAUCCCCUUGGAAACUCCCCAGUUUUUGACUCUAGCAGGGACCGUGACACUGCGGCCGACUCGUCUCAGGCCAAAGUCCCCCCAGGGGACAGCAACGGACCGUCCUUGCCAUACAUCAUUCCAGCUGUGGGCAUCGCUGUGAUCUCAGCUGUGGCGUUUCUGGUGUAUGCUCGAUUGCAGAAAUAG